AUGGCCAUGAGGAGCGUGCUCUUGGUCCUUGUGGUCCUUGUCUUGCUCUUCUGUGUUCCACCAGUUAGAAGUGGACCCAAUAUAUACAUAAGAAGAAUCUUUGCUUCAUGUUGGUGAUUGCAAGGUUAUUGCCGGAAAAAGUGUUCGAAAGGAGAAGAGUAUCAUAUUUUGUGUGAUACCUCAUAUGUGUGCUGCAUAGAUAAAAAGCAUCUACCGACACUGGUUGGGAAAUAG